UGGGAGGAGACAGGAGGAUGUUUAUAAAACUAUUUUCAUCCAGUCACCGUUUCCUAGCAACCAGGCAAAAGCAUCUGCGUUCAGGAUGACUUUGAGCAGCAGCUCAAGCCUUCCAAUGCUCAAGCCGGCCUGCAGGUACCAGGAAGAACAGAAGGGCCACAAUUAGCCUCCAGUUGGUGAGACGUUCUGGGGAGCGGGGGAGGAGUUUCUAGGCUUUGCAGAAAUUGCUCUUCCUAAAGCCUAUCAGGUGGAGCGCAAGCUACCGGUACCCGCUCAUCCCUGGCCUCCCGUCAUGGAAAAGAGGCUUGUAAAGCAGGAGGUGAAAAGGCUACUGGGAGAGUACAUUGGCAUCAGACUUCGGGAAAAUGAAUUUGAUCCAAAAGGAAGAGGCCACCUCACCUUUCUAGAUGAGAUGGUAAAGAAUGUCAUGCUGGCCCACUAUGACUUGGCCGCCAGUGUCGCUUGUCAAUGGCUAGAUCCCUCAGAAGACUUAACUUGGCUCCAGUGGGAGAAAGUGAAAACGCCACUUCAUGGCAGACCUCUGUAUCCAAACCGAAAAGAGCGAGAAGCGGUGAUCUUAUCAUCUUAUGCUGGAGUCUUAAUGAACAGUAUCCCAGUUGAGGAAGUCCUUAGAAUCUACGGGGCUCAUUCUUCUGCCAGUCCUGAUUCUACCAAGGUCUCCCGGGCUCUGUUACCCCGCCGCUCUCUGCACCCCUUUGCCAUGUUGACAGCACCCAACGCAGCCGAGUGCAACCGCAGACAGAGUGUCAAGUUGAGGAGAGGAGCAAUGUCUAAAAAAACCUCCAGCAGCAAUACAAAGAGAGCACUGGUCCCAAAUGGGAAUCCCGGAAAAGGUGCUCGUACACACACAGCUCAAGAACAGAGUCACUUAGAAAUGAGAACUAGUACCACGGAUGCAUAGCAGAGCCUCUGGAAGCAGACAGGAAGCUUCGCCUUAAAGCUGCGGUUGUCAACCACACACUCUCUGUGCACUUCGCUGUUGCUGUCCGCUGCAUUGGCUCUCAGGCUUGCUCUUGAGUUUUCUUCUCUUGGAAGCACAGCGCACACCUCUAUUUUGGUAAAAGGAAAAAAAAAUGUGUAUAUCCCAUGCUACUUCAUUGUAUGCUUGGAAGACUGAUGGAGCAUUCAGAGGGAGUUCACCGUUUCUGGAUGGGUUUAGACAAUCUGGUUUUGAUCCACGUUUUAGCAAAUGUGUAGCAUUAAAUAUUGCAUAGAAUGCUGGAGAAGGAGGCGGUUUUCCUAAGUUUCAACCCCACAUAAAAUUAAUUUCUCUUUAGCAUACUUUCCGAUAGAGAAAAUGUAAACUCAUUCAAUUUCAAUAAAGUUUGAAAAGAGAAA